AUGCUGAACAAGACUUUUUUCCCCGGCGUGGCUGUCAUCACUGGAGCGGGGGGAACUGGAAUCGGGGCAGCAGUAGCUCAUGCGUUCGCAGUAGCAGGAUGUAAGAGGAUCGCAAUCACAGAUGUGAAUGAAGAGACUCUAGAGAAGACCAGGGACGCCAUUGCCAUAGCUUAUCCCAAGGUCCAGUUGAUGGCUCAGCCUGGAAAUGUAGCAGAUGAUCAGUUUGCCGAGUCCUUCGUAUCAAAAGUUGCGAAAGCAUUCGGUCGCGUUGAUUAUGCUGUGAACUGUGCCGGCGUACUUGGUGUGCCUAUGCGAUCGAGUGAAACCAGUCUCGCAGAAUUUGACCGAGUAAACAACAUUAAUUAUCGAGGAUGUUGGCUGUCUUCCCGUGCACAGCUCAAGCAGAUGCUUGAACAAGAUCCGCUUCCCAGUCAUGACCCUACUCGCCCUGCACAACGUGGUGCCGUCGUUAACAUCGCCAGCCAGUUGGGGAUUGUCAGCCGUCCAAAUGCGCCGGCGUAUUGUGCGUCAAAAUCUGCAAUCAUUGGAUUGACCCGUGCCGAUGCGAUCGAUUACUCGAGGAAUGGAAUUCGAGUGAACUGUGUAUGCCCGGGUGUAAUUGAAACCCCUUUGGUUAUGGAGAAGGCGGAAGUAAGGGAGGCGAUUACUCCGGCAGCAAACAUUGCUCCAAUGCAGCGAAUGGGGAAACCAGCCGAAGUAGCUGACGCUGUCCUAUUUCUGUGUUCGACACAAGCUUCAUUUGUCCAGGGACAUGCCAUGGUUGUUGACGGAGGUUAUAUCACAGUCUAA